AUGGAACCUGACAACUUGAUGACCAGCACUUGGGUCUACUCCCUUAGCGUCCAGCCUAGCUUUGUCCAGCUCCCAGCCCAGCUUUGUCCAGCUCCCAGCCUAGCUUUGUCCAGCUCCCAGCCCAGCCUAGCUUUGUCCAGCUCCCAGCCCAGUUUUGUCCAGCUCCCAGCCAGCUUUGUCCAGUUCCCAACCCAGCUUUGUCCAGUUCCCAACCCAGCUUUGUCCAGCUCCCAGCCCAGCUUUGUCCAGCUCCCAGCCCAGCUUUGUCCAGCUCCCAGCCCAGUUUUGUCCAGCUCCCAGCCUAGCUUUGUCCAGCUCCCAGCCCAGUUUUGUCCAGCUCCCAGCCCAGUUUUGUCCAGCUCCCAGCCUAGCUUUGUCCAGCUCCCAGCCCAGUUUUGUCCAGCUCCCAGCCUAGCUUUGUCCAGCUCCCAGCCUAGCUUUGUCCAGCUCCCAGCCCAGUUUUGUCCAGCUCCCAGCCAGCUUUGUCCAGUUCCCAACCCAGCUUUGUCCAGUUCCCAACCCAGCUUUGUCCAGCUCCCAGCCCAGCUUUGUCCAGCUCCCAGCCCAGCUUUGUCCAGCUCCCAGCCCAGUUUUGUCCAGCUCCCAGCCUAG